AUGAAUUCCUCUUUAAUCCACAAUGUUAAUGGAUUAGAUAGAUUACAAAUGUGCAAUAGUAAAGACUUGCUUACUCAAUUUGAAGAGGGCGAAAAAGUAUUACUCUCUUCGAACAUCAUCAAAGUGAACUAAAACAAUAAGAAAUAGGAAAGAAUAUUUCUACUAACAAAUAGAUUUGUAUAUAACAUUAAAUCGGAUAGCAAAAUAUUAUAAUUUUUUGGAAAAUCAAUCAAAAUUCAAAGGAAAAUCCGUAUUCAAUUGAUAUCUGCGAUUAGUGUUAGCAAUAUUGGUACGGAAUUCGUAUUGCAUAUUCCAUAAGAAUAUGAUUAUAGAUUCUAAUCAAGUGAUUUUCGCAAAACCAUUCUUGAAACAAUCAUUAUAGUCUAUAGUUCAGUGACGAUGUCAAAGAUGCCCUUCUUCUUUAAAGAUGAUUUCACUUUAAUCUAAUACUGCACAACUGAAAAAGAUGUUAAAAAAGGGAUCAAAAGAUACCCAAUUGAAAAACCGAUUGAACUUGAUGUUGUUGAAUUCUAAGAUUAUUAAAAGAAUAAGCCUGUACCACAACAAUUAAUUUAUAAAAAACCUGGAUUGUAAAAACAAUAUAGUACUACCCUUAUAUCUAUUGAACAGUUUGAUUUAAUAAAAGUACUCGGCAGAGGAGCAUUUGGGAAAGUUAUGAUGUGUGAGAAAAAAGAUACAAAAGAAUUAUUUGCUAUUAAAUCUUUAAGGAAGGAGCACAUUUUAGAUAAGAAUCAAGUUGAACAUACAAGGGCAGAGAGAAAGUUGUUAGAGGAAAUAGAUCAUCCAUUUUUAAUAUCCUUGGAAUAUGCCUUCCAAACAGCUGAGAAACUAUUUUUCGUUAUGAAGUUUAUGAGAGGGGGUGAAUUAUUUAAGCAUUUGAGAGAUAAAAAAAGAUUUCCUGAAGCUACUGCUUAGUUUUAUGCCGCAUCCAUUUUGCUGGCCAUAGAACAUUUACAUUCAAUAUCCGUGAUUUAUAGAGAUCUAAAACCUGAAAAUAUUCUAAUGGAUGAAUUUGGAUAUAUUAAAAUGAGUGAUUAUGGAUUAGCAAAAUUCUUAAAAUAGGGUGAAAAAACAUUCUCUUUUGUUGGAACACCAGAAUAUUUGGCUCCGGAAAUUAUUAGAUAAAACGGACAUAGUUUUGAAGUAGAUUGGUGGUCUUUUGGAAUUUUAAUAUAUGAAAUGUUGGUUGGAAGACCUCCGUUUUUUUCAUCAAGUCAAUCUUUAUUAUUUAGAGCUAUUAUAGAAUCAGAUAUAGUAUUUCCAUAAUAGUUAAGUUUAAGUAACCAUGCUAAAGAUCUGAUCACUAAACUUUUAAAAAAAAAUCCAGUGGAAAGGUUGGGACAUAAUGGAGGUGGGGCAACCAUUAAGAUGCAUCCUUGGUUUAAAGAUUUUAAAUUUUAAGAUUUAUUAGAAAAAAAAAUAUAACCUCCAAUUAUCCCUAAGUUAUAUGAUAAAUUAGAUGUGUAAAAUUUUGAUUUGGAAUUUACAAGAGAGGAAGCCAUGAAUUCAGUAGCAAACCUUGAUCCAAAAUUGGUUGAGAAAUUUAAAGAGGAUUUUGGAGGAGUGACUUAUGUUCCAAAUAAUGUUUUAAAUUGA